AUGAUUGCUCCAAGAACUACAAAAGACAAAAUCCAAGCCCAAACUCCAAUAGUUAUUGUUUCAGACUGUUUAGUGCAAUCUUUUACAGAAGAUUCACAAAGAGCCUUGCAUUCAUCCAAACAACUUGAUUUUGAGCCAAAGCUCUUGCAUUUAUUAGCAUAUUUUAUAUGUAUAAAAUGGUGAGUGUCAUCCAGACCGCCCUAUCAGAGACUAUUAUUCAUAUAUACCCUCGCAUGGUUUAGGAGCCACUAAUUGGGCAGGUAGCGUCGUGUCUGGUGUCCCAAAGUGAGGGACUUAAGCAAAAAUCUGGAGUUUUGUGACCUCCCGAUGAUCAAAUACUUGAGAAUUCAUUUUGCCAGUAGCACCCAAAUCAAUUGAAGCCAGGGUACUUACCUACUCAAACUGCUACUGUUUUUUGCUCCGAAUCGUAGAAGCGGUUGGUAUUUUGAGAGGGGAUCACCUAAAAGUAGGGUAGGCAAUGUAAAUGAUUUAGGCGAUCCCUCCAACAAAGUGUCCCUUAAAUGGAGUGAUAUGGCCAGGGGUUUGAGAAAGGAAUUUGCAUUAUAGGGAUGAAAGAACUGAGUUUGAAAUGAUGAUGCUCAGCAAUAGUCCUAGCCACUACUUAAAAAUCAGAGAUUUCAGUUUCACAAACACUAGAGAUGUAAAUCCACCAAAUUAGUUUGGGCCACACAAAAUUUCUAAAAAAGCUGUGCAGAAUGCCAACUGGGAAUUAGAAACCUUAAAUAUUUAACAUCCUAUAAUGUAAUUAGCACAUUUUGCUUCGCAAUCUGUGCUAUUUGCCUUAAUACCCUUUAAAUUAAUAGGAGUUAUAACGCUGAUAUCACUCUGCCCUUGAGCAACGUUGACUCCUAAAAUUCCAAAGGCAAUAAUGUCGCUAAUUUUAUCCCCAUUCGCAUCUCCUACCAUUCGUGGAUGGUUAUCAAAUGAUUUCCACCCCCCAUUAGCAUUUCCCUUUCCAGAUUUGAUGGUUAUUAAAAUAGGGGAGUCAAAUCCUUGCCCAUUUGAAAGAGCAAAGUAA